GGCCCUGUGCAGAUAUUUGCCCAUCAUAAAUCAUGGAGCCUCUCAGAUACCUGCACACACUUGCAAGAAAGUGAUGCCACACUGAUGUUUCUAGAACACAGAAUCAUGGAGGUUGGAAAAGACCUCCAAGACUGAGUCCAACCUUUGAUUGUCCAGAGCACUGAGUGCCAUGUCCAGUUGUCCCUUGAACACCUCCAGGGAUGGUCACUGGGCAGCCCCUUGCAAUGUUUAACAACCCUUUCUGUGAGGAAAUUCUUCCUGAAGCCCAACCUGAACCUCCCCUGGCACAGCUGAAAGGUGGAUCCCAGCUUUGUUGCCCUCUGCUUUUCCCCUGUUUUGGUAGGAUUUUAUUUCACUGGAGGAGAUGAAGUUGUGCUCAUGCAGUUAAAACCCUUGUUCUUCCUUUCAGCUGCAGCUGAAUUCAGUAUGGCCUCAGGAAAGACCCCAAAACCAGACCUGCUGAAGGCUGAGGAGCAGCAGCAAGUGAGCGCUGUCAACCGAGUGACCAGCUUGCCCUUGCUCAACUCUGCCUUCAACCUGGUCUCCUCUGCCUACAACCACACCAAGGAGUCCCACCCUUGCCUCAGUGGGGUCUGCAACGUGGCUGAGACGGUGGCUGCCGUGGCAGUGGGCAGUGUGGUCGGGGGGGCACAGCCCAUCCUCAACCAGCUGGAGCCACACAUUGCACUUGUGAAUGAAUAUGCCUGCAAAGGACUGGAUCAGCUGGAGGAGAACUUGCCCUUCCUUCAGCAGCCAGCAGACAAGGUGCUCUUGGACACCAAGCAGCUGGUUUCCACCAAGGUGACAUCUGCCAUGGACGCCGCCUGUGAGGCCAGAGAAGCCGUGGCUGAUAAAGUCACCGAAGCUGUGGACCUCACCAAAAAUGUGGUUGGGGACAGUGUCAAGCUGACCAGGUCAGUGGUCACCUCCACUGUUAACAGUGCUGUGGAGGCUGCCCAGGGAGCCAAGGAGCUGGUGACCACCAAGGUGACCGAGGCCGUGGAUGUCACCAAACACAUGGUGGAGGACAAAGUGGACAGAACCAAGUCUGCAGUUGCUUCCACCAUUGUCAACGCUGUGGAGGCUGCCCAGGGAGCCAAGGAGCUGGUGACCAACAAGGUGACAGAGGCAGUGGAGGACACCAAGUCUGCAGUUGCUUCCACCAUCAGUGCAGCUGUAGGGGCUGCCCAAGGUGCCAAGGAGCUGGUGACCAACAAGGUGACCGAAGCUGUGGAUGUCACCAAACACAUGGUGGAGGACAGAGUGGACAGAACCAAGUCUGCUGUUGCUUCCACCAUUGUCAACGCUGUGGAGGCUGCUCAAGGUGCCAAGGAGCUGGUGACCAACAAGGUGACCGAGGCUGUGGAGGACACCAAGUCUGCAGUUGCUUCCACCAUCAGUGCAGCUGUAGGGGCUGCCCAGGGAGCCAAGGACAUGGUGACAAGCAAGGUGACAGAGGCAGUGGAUGCCACUAAACAUGUGGUGGAGGACAGAGUGGACAGAACCAAGUCUGCUGUUGCUUCUACCAUUGUCAAUGCUGUGGAGGCUGCCCAGGGAGCCAAGGAGCUGGUGGCCAACAAGGUGACAGAGGCUGUGGAUGUCACCAAACACAUGGUGGAGGACAGUGUGGACAGGACCAAGUCUGCAGUUGCUUCCACCAUCAGUGCAGCUGUAGGGGCUGCCCAAGGUGCCAAGGAGCUGGUGACCAACAAGGUGACCGAGGCAGUGGACCUGACCAAAGGGGCUGUUCAAGAUAGUGUUGAGAAGACCAAAUCUGUGGUCACCUCUACAGUCAGUACAGCUCUGGAUGCUGCCUAUGGCACCAUCUCGAGCAAGAUAAGCACAGCCCUGGAGCAGAGCAGGGAGGCCCUCCAGGAGGGCGUGGAGAUGACCAACUCAGUGGUGACCAACAGCAUAAGCAAGGCCAAGGCAGUGAGCCAGGCAGUGGCUGGUGGUGUGGAAUCUGUGCUGGGGAUGUCAGAAGAUCUGGUGGAUCACUUCCUCCCGAUGACAGAGGAGGAACUAGGUAAACUGGCCUCCAGCGUGGAGGGGUCUGGGAUGGCUUCCGUGGAGGAGCAGAAAGAGCAGCGGAGUUACUUUGUGCGCUUGGGGUCCCUGUCCAGCAGAGUCCGGCUCAGAGCCUACCAGCACUCCCUCCACAAGCUGCAGUGCAUCAGGCAGAGCACCCAGGACACCCUCUCACGACUACAGAUGGCAAUAAAACUGAUUGAAUCUGUGAAACAGGGGUUUGGCCAGAAGCUGCUGGAAGGGCAGGAGAAGCUCCAUAAGCUCUGGGUGGACUGGUGCCUGACCCAACCCAAAGGAAACCAAGUUCAAACUGCCUGCCAGCCAGAGCAGGUAGAGUCCCGGACUCUAACUAUGCUGAGGAUCAUCACCCAGCAGCUCCAGCCUGUCUAUGAGAACCUGAAAACCAGCAUCCAAGGCCUCCCCAGCAACGUCCAAGAGGCUGUGUAUCAGGCCACUCGAAAUAUCCACAAGCUCCACAGCUCUUUUUCCAGUGCCAUGUCUUUCCAGGACCUCUCCAGCAGCACCCUGAGGCAGAGCCAGGACCGUGCGACAGAAGCCCGGAGGUCCCUCGAUGUCCUGCUUGAGUAUGUCACUCACAGCACCCCUCUGAACUGGCUUGUGGGGCCCUUCAGGGCCAUGGCUGAGGUGGCACAGGGCAGCAGAAAACAGAAGAGGAGAGAGAUGGUGACUGAUGGAAAGUUACCACUGUUGGAAAAGGCUCCGGCAUCACAGGGGGUGACUGAGACACCCGGAGAGCCCGAGGGAUCCAACAGAAUCCUGGGGCAAUGGUAUGAAGUGCUGGAGAAGCUGGAGGAGAAGGCAGGGAAGCUGGAGAAGGAAGCAGGGCAGCUGGAGGAGGAGGCAGGGAAGGUGAAGAAGGCAGAGAAGAUGGAGGAGGAGGCAGAGGAGGUGAAGAAGGCAGGGAAGCAGGAGAAGGAAGCAGGGCAGCUGGAGGAGGAGACAGGAAAGGUGAAGAAGGCAGGGAAGCAGGAGAAGGAAGCAGGGCAGCUGGAAGAGCAGGCAGGGAAGGUGAAGAAGGCAGGGAAGCAGGAGAAGGAAGCAGGGCAGCUGGAGGAGCAGGCAGGGAAGGUGAAGAAGGCAGAGAAGCCGGAGGAUAAGGCAGGGAAGAUGAAGAAGGCAGGGAAGCGGGAGGGGAAGGCAGAGAAGCUGGAAGGGAAGGCAGGGAAAGUGAAGAAGGCAGGGAAGCUGGAGGAGGAGGCAGAGAAAGACAAAGAGGUGGCACUGGCUGCAAGGGAGAUAAACACUAGAACACCAGAGGAAGCUCUCUAAUAAAUCCCAGCUCUUCUGGCCAAGCCUCCCUGGUUAGAACAGCCCUUGAUGUUUUAGUUGUGUGUCCAGUUGUGCCACAAGUGCCUCCUGCUCUGAGUUUGCAGUCAGAUGCAGUUGCCAGGAGAUUUGAUAACCGAGGGGGGGUGUGGUUGUGUAUCUUGAUUUACUGUUUUUAAAUCACCACUGCUCUGAAAGGGAAGAUGGGGACCUGCACUUCAGCUCUUUGUCAGCCCAGCUGCACGUGUGAGUGGCUGAUUCCUGCUGAGACAAGCUGUGGCAGAGAAGAAGUCGUCUCAACUCAUUUUUUUUAACGUUGGAUUUGUUUUUAAUUCGCCCAAGCUGUGGAAAACUUGAGAAGAUGCUGAGCUGGACUUUUGAAACCGUUUCCCGCCUUCUGCGAGUUUAAAAAUCCACGGCACAGCCCCGACUUCCUCCGUGCCUCUUGUGCUUCCGGGGAGGCUCGGCAGGAUGUGGCACAGCUGGCACAGCUGGAGCAAGAAGCUGCUCAUCACUAAGAGGUUUCUCUUCAUGGAUCACCCAAACACUUCUUCCUUUACAGAGAAACACUCAGCAGGGUGGGGUUUUCUUUAAUCACGUCGGUUUUUAGGGGCUUAUCUUUCCUAAAGUUCUGUGACUGACUCCAGGGGUCGUUAUUGUGUAACUCCAGGCCUGAAACACUUCACAACCAGGCAAACAAGGCAGCUUUUCCCGGGAGUUACUCUGCCACGGGAUUAGGAUAUUCUGUUAUUAAAAAGGGGGAGGGGGGGAGUGUAGGUGCUGGUUCUUUCCCAGCCAACAAUGCUUUGUAACAAUUUCUAAUGUAAUUUAUUUUGGUAACUUGUGUUCUGUCAUGGCCCCUGUGCUGGGGCUGCUGAGCAGACAUCAGAAUAAAGCGUGACCUGCGUUCAAAGACGUGUGGGUUUGUGUGAA